GUCAGCAGAGACGACUAACGUUUGACAAAAUGUCCAACAUCCUCGAUGCGGCGUCCAAAGUGAAAUGGGACCGCACGGCUGCGGCGAAGCGAGCCGUCUUUCUUGCGGCGGCUGCUUACGGUGUCAAAACCCUGUACCCCAUCAUCUGCAGGCAGCUCAGCAAAAACAAAGAUCCCAGGAAUAAUCGCCGAGUUUCAAAGGCGGAAAACGGCUCCACUUGUUUGGUAAAGACGCGGAUAGAUGCUGCGGAUCAUAAGAAGGCAUCCCCGGGGGUCAAUGCAGAAUUUUUCAAGCAGAUCCUCGAACUUGGUAAAAUCCUCUUCCCGAAGCUUGUGUCCCGGGAGCUCGGGUUGCUCUCCUUGCACUCGGUGGCGCUGAUAUCCAGGACGUUUCUGUCUAUUUAUGUGGCCAGCUUGGACGGCAAGAUUGUCAAAACGAUCGUGGAGAAGAAACCCAAGAGCUUCAUUAUCCAGCUCAUCAAAUGGCUCCUCAUUGCCAUCCCGGCCACGUUCGUCAACAGCGCCAUCCGGUACCUGGAGUGCAAACUGGCUCUGGCCUUCCGCACCCGGCUGGUGGACCAUGCCUACCGGACCUACUUCACCGACCAGACCUACUACAGAGUCAGCAACAUGGACGGGAGGCUCGCCAACCCGGACCAGUCUCUGACCGAGGACGUGAUGAUGUUUUCCCAGUCGGUCGCCCACCUCUAUUCUAACCUCACCAAGCCCAUCCUGGACGUGGUGCUGACCUCCUACACGCUGAUACAGACCGCCAGAUCCAGAGGGGCCAACGCCUCCGGGCCGACCCUGCUGGCCGGGCUGGUGGUCUUUGUCACGGCUAAGGUCCUGCGUGCCUGCUCGCCCAAAUUUGGCAAGCUGGUGGCCGAGGAGGCUCAUAGGAAAGGCUACCUGCGCUAUGUGCACUCCAGGAUCAUCGCCAAUGCUGAGGAGAUAGCUUUCUACAGGGGCCACAAGGUGGAGAUGCGUCAGCUGCAGAAGUGCUACCGGGCCCUGGCGGACCAGAUGAACCUGAUCCUGUCCAAGCGUCUCUGGUAUAUCAUGAUCGAGCAGUUCCUCAUGAAGUACGUGUGGAGCAGCUGCGGGCUCGUCAUGGUGGCCGUACCGAUCAUCACGGCUACCGGCUUCGCUGACAACGAAACAGCAGACGGGCAUACGCACGUGAUGGUGAGCGAGAGGACAGAGGCUUUCACCACCGCCCGCAACCUCUUGGCCUCAGGAGCCGACGCCAUCGAGAGGAUCAUGUCCUCCUACAAAGAGGUCACAGAGCUGGCAGGCUACACUGCACGGGUCCACAACAUGUUCGUGGUGUUCGAGGACGUCCAGAAGGGGGUUUACAAGCGCUCCUCUCUGUCAGCCACAACUGGAGCAGAGAAGAAGAGCAAGCCUGAGAUGCACAUAGAUGGACCACUGGAGAUAAAGGGUGAAGUGAUAGAUGUGGACAAUGGCAUCGUGUGUGAGAAUGUUCCAAUUAUUACACCGAACGGGGACGUAGUAGCGUCUUGCCUGAACUUUAAGGUGGAAGAGAGCAUGCACCUAUUGAUCACAGGCCCUAACGGCUGUGGGAAAAGCUCUCUGUUCAGGAUCCUCAGCGGCUUGUGGCCUGUUUACGGCGGGCGGCUACACAAACCCUCUCCUCAACAUAUGUUCUACAUCCCUCAGAGGCCAUACAUGUCCAUGGGUUCACUGCGGGACCAGGUGAUCUACCCAGACUCAGCGGAGGACAUGGCUGCUAGAGGCCUCAGUGACAAAGACCUGGAUGCCAUCUUGGACAUAGUCAACCUCAACCACAUUGUAACCAGAGAAGGAGGCUGGGAUGCUGAGCUGGACUGGAAGGACGUGCUGUCUGGAGGCGAGAAGCAGAGGAUGGGCAUGGCUCGCAUGUUCUACCAAAAGCCUAAGUAUGCGCUGCUGGAUGAGUGCACCAGCGCUGUGAGCAUCGACGUGGAGGGAAAGAUUUUCCAGGCUGCCAAGGACGCCGGCAUCUCUCUGCUCUCCAUCACACACAGACCCUCCCUGUGGAAGUACCACACCCACCUGCUGCAGUUCGACGGGGAGGGAGGCUGGCGCUUCGAGCAGCUGGACACGGCGACGCGCCUCUCCCUCACCGAGGAGAAACAGCGGCUGGAGGCCCAGCUGGCCGGCAUUCCCGAAAUGCAGCAUCGCCUCAACGAGCUCUGCAAGAUCCUGGGAGACGACUCUGUCCUCAAAACAGCCGAGGAGUGAGAGAGAGAGAGAGAGAAAGCAAGGGAGGGAGGGAGGGAGGGAGGGAGGGAGGGGAAGAGGCCCAGAGGGUAAAAGAAGAGACGAAGUGGGGGGAGGAGGAGAAGAGAGUGUGGGAGACGAAGAGGCAAUGAAAGAAAAAGAAAUCUGUAGGGGGGUUUGUUUUUUUGUUUUUUUCAGGUUUAGAUUCUUUUUUUUUUUUUGCUUGUUUAGAUUUAAAGCUUUAAUGCCAGCUAGUCUAGUCAGCUCUCAUUUUCUCCUCCUUUCUCCCUCUUCUUUUAUUCUCUCCUUUGCCCUGCUCCAAACAGACGAGUGGAGAGGGAGAGUGAAGCUGAUUCACCAGUAUUAUUCCCCCUUGUUACGCACAUCGACUGCAUAUACUCAGCUGUAGAUUUUUAAUUGUUUGCUUUUUAGUGUCAUUUUCAAAGGUCAGCUUGCCACAGUUCACAAUGGCAAAACUGAUAAUCAAGAUAUUUUGUUUUGUUUGUUUCAUAGCACUUUACUCUGCUUUUAGAGGGCUGUUUUUGUUUGUUGUGGUAGCUCACAGUGAAAUAAUGUGAUGGCUGCAUUUUAGCUGGAAGACUUUUAAUACAGAACCACUAGAUAAUGUCCAAAGCAGUAUUCCACGCCCGGUAUACUGGGUUGUGCAGGAACCACGUUUGUCAUAAUUUAGCAUUAGAUUUUAGUUUUUAACUGAACCUAAUGCAACUUCUUAGUUUUGAGAGGUCGAAAAGAGACUAUUUUUCAAAACGUCACAAUAUGCCUUUGUUUGGUUUCGUUUAUCUAGCCGCAGUACAAUCCCUUUCCUUAUACCUCAUCGUAGCCAUUGUUAGGUUAAUGCAGACCCUUGAACCACUGAUAUGGGCUCAUUGGCAGACUUACACAAAGAUCUGUGGUCUAUUAUUAGAGCGAUUAGUGACGCAGGGCUGACUCGAAAACUAUAGCUUUCUGGUUUAUUGAACAAAUACAAUGAGCGGAAGAGGCCCUCUUCAGGAGGAAGCUGAUCCUGGUAGUCUGUCUAGGAACAGUCAUACAUUUAUAGAACAACAGGUAGAUACACGCACACACACUGGCCACCUGUUGAAGCUCUCCCCUGUAUUGACACAAAACACACUCACGCGUCUGCCUUGUGUCAGAUGCCUGCUGGGACUCUGCUUUGUCAGCAGUGCUGAUCAUGCUCUGUGGGUCCUUUUGAGCCUGCUUACAUGCACAUGAUCGGUAUCAGACAAUGAGCUAAUGCAUUAUUCUAAUUUAGUCAAAGGAGACUUUAUAGAAAUUUGAUGAUGAGUCUUUAUUUCUCACCUUUCUAAAGCUGAUUAUCUUUUAAUAUUUUGAAGUGUGUUUACGGGCACUUAAAUAUUUUAGAUAAUACUCCACAUUUUAUGGUAUAAUAUGUGAGGCCUUAUUGGGUUAGAGGUCAGGUUUGAUUUUAUUUAUGGCUCAAGGACACUUCAGCUGUUGGUUGCCUCUCGACUAAUGGCUGGCAUACAUCUUGGCUACUUUCAGGACCGAAAUUAGAUUGUAGCCUCCAUGUUUGUUACCAGCAAUUUAUCUGAAGUUGUGAUACUGUGAAGUUAAUGAUUUGUUACGUUGACAUCAUUUUGUUCUGUUGAAAAAAAAAAGGUCAUAAACGCUGGCUGUGCUCUCCUGUGGUGGUUCUAAGCUUCGGUCGUGGCUGCUUUUUUACGCUACAUUCCUUCUGUGGUUCAGACCUGUGUGUGUGCUUACUGCAUCCCGCAUAAGGAGUCAGAGGAAAAGUAAAUUAGGCGGACGUUUGCCUCCCAGAUUGUGCAGAGUGAGACAGGAUCGUGUGCAGAGAAGUUAUGGUUGUUUGUGCCAUUCAUUCAUAGUCUUUCAGAUUUCACCAUAGAGACAGAGUUAUAUUUUUGCCGUUUCAUACAUCCAAUUGGGCCUAAAGCCUACCGAGCAAUACGAAUUAUCGCUGCUUUUGAAUAGCACAAAAGCACCCAGAAACAUUAAUAUUUCUUUUUCGUUCUUUGUUACACUUUUAAUCCAAUGUUUUCUUUGUAAAAUUCAUUCACACAGCACCAAAUAAAAGUGUGGAAGCACUUUAGGAACACGGAUAUGGUGAAAUCUGUACAUAUUUGUAUGAGUGGUCCAGCACAGCACAAACACGAGAAUCACUGGACUUCUGUGUGUUAUUCUAACGCUUUAAUGAAUACAGGCCUCGAUCCUUGUCACUCCUUCAGCUAUAGCGACUGGCACGGUGUAAUAUCAAGCUCUCGCACUGGCUAUAAUACCACUAUUUUCUUAUUAUGCCUAUGUUUGGUCAACACGCCACCAUGUCUGUGUUGUAGAGAAUGGACAAUCAGUCAGUAGAAUACAAACAAGUGCACGGCUAUAUUUCAAACUACACAUUUGCUUGUUAUCGUCUGCAAGGGAAUAAAUGAGUGAGUGCUGAUUUUAGGCUAAUAACUACACCCGCAUCAUCUAAUUUGUUAUGGAACUUAUUAUGUCAUUUGUUGAACGUGCUUGUCAGAGUUUAGCGACUCCCUCAGGCCUUUUCUUAAAGCAAGCUGGGCCUGAAUCCAGGAUGUCUAAAAGUGCAGCAUCUUGGUCCAUUCAGACUUUAAACCAUUGUAACCUCCCCCUUUUGGCUUUUAACGCACAGUUUAAGAAAAGGACUUGAGACGAUUUGGAUGCAGCCCCGCUCUGCUCAGGAUGAUGGCUGCUAAGUUACGGAAGGACAAACUUUGAUUUCCCCCCCCCCAAAAGAAAUGUGACUGGAGAAGAAAAAGAACUAAUUAAAAUUUUAGAUGUCAAUGCUCUGUGAUGUAAUAUAAUCUGGACUGCACAAAAAUACUUCCGCUUUCAUUCGGUAGGCAAGAGAGCACAGGCAUUACUGUAUUGGGCUUGAAAAUGGCAUGGCAGCCCUUUUCAGCAGCACACUGUGCUGCGGUUUCUGGCCUGAAAUAAGUUAUCUCUCUGUGCCAUCAGUCAGACUCUGUUGACAGGAGGCCAGACGAGCCACCGAAUGACACAGAGUCUGCAGAGUGACACUGGAACAGGAGGUCAGCUCAAGAGCAGAAAUUCAUAGGCAUGACCGUAGCUUCAUAGUUAAAACGUCGGAAAUACUGUUAUUUCACCUUAACAGGAUGGUAUAAUAAAUGAUGAGGUGCCAUUUUUAUUUUGUCCUGUAAUCACACUACAAAACUGAGCCUAACUGAGGCUGAAUUCUGCCAUUGGUAACACUCGCGAGUUGUAGGUGCUGGUUACAGGGAUGAACUUUGUAGCGACGUUCAAAUCAUUUUUCCCGGUUUUCCCAUCCCGCAGCUUUACUGCUUUGGUUUACUCUCAGCGCUCUCAUACCUGUACACCAACAUUACCUGCCCAGAAAGUUAGCGACGAGCUAGUUAACACAAGGCAAGUGGAACAUAUAGCUAGCAGCUAAAUAGCCUGAUAUUUCCCACAGCGUUAAAAGGAGAGGGGAUAUUGGAAUUACAUGACUCCAAAUGAACCGUAAAAGGCAGCUGUUUGCUAACAAGUUCGUAAUAUCAACAUAAACGCAUAUGUUAACAGUUAGUACAGGUGUUAGUGUUAAACUUGUUUCUGCUGCCCUCAAGUGGCCAAAAAUAGUUAUUGCAGGGUAAAUAUUUCCAGAUUUUUUAGAAUAUACUGCUGUGACUUUCCAUUAAACCAAACUCUUUUUUUUCUUUGGCUGAAGUUUAUCCUUGGCUAACUACAAUGGAAAAAAAAUAUUUGCAUUGUCUUAUCUUUGAACGUGGCACCUCAUCAUUUGUUUCCCGGUUAGUAAACCCAUAAGUGUAUUAUGACUACACCGUACGACCCUGCUAUAUACUGUAAUGACAUCCUUACUAACAAAACUUUGAUACUGAAAGUUUUGCAUUUUAUCACCCCCUUUUGUAUGUAAGAGAUUGAAUGUAUCCAUUAUCUUUGAUAAAGCAUCUCUUAAGGUUUUGAAGACGGUGAAUAAAUGUGGUCCUAAAAGUUUCCCUAUUGUUUGAUAAUUGAUAAUUUUAUAAUUGUGUUAAUAGUGCAUGUAUCAUUGUUUUAUUAAAGCCACAGAGUGGUGUUUAAAUUUGGAUUUACUGUACACGUGUGUGAACUGGGAUAAUGGAAAAGAAACAUGUUUUUUCAUUAAAUCUUGAAGCUUGAAUUAUCAUGUUAUUGAUGUGGUGUAGGACAGUCAAAUCAUGUAUGUAUGUAUGACAGUGUCACUGAUGACAGAAUGAUGUAGGGAAGAAGACCAUGAGUGCAACAGUUCUCGGGUUUCUAACUUAUUGAGGGUGUUAAUCAUGUUUUUAAGAUAUUAAUUAGAUUGUCCUAGACCUCAGAAACAACAUGCAGUGAUUCUCCCUCAAAGCCAGGGAUUACUACACUUUGUAGUUACAAUACAAGUAUGUGAAAGAAAGAAUCUGUUUGCAAUCAAAACACCCAUACAUAUAUCUAUUUUAUAUUUUGAAUUCCAGGUAGCCUGGGCUUCCUCUAUUGGGAUCUCAUUGUGCAUGUGUAGGAAUCUGUAUUCUUUAACCUUAGAACCAAGAGAGGUACAUCGGCAUAAAGGUCAUCUUUUCAAAAAUCAUGGGCCUAAGGUCACUUUAUGUAGAAAGAUGAAGAUGUAUUUUCUUGUAAAUAAAACAAUACAGUGAAACCUCAAAAAAAA